AUGCCGCGCAACAAGGACUUCAAAAAGAAGACUGAGAUCGAAACAGAGAUCCGUACCACCAAAACUGAUCUAGCAACGGUAACAAAGUUGAAGGAUAGUGAGGAUUGGGUAGCUAUAGACGAAUACUGGUUCAAGCUGGCUGCGGGGGGCAUAGUGACCUCAGACCCUGCGGGAUACAGCAAUGCCGAGAAGGCCGUGGCUCAGCAGCAAUCUUACGAACACGAGAAUAAUGAAGAGCGCGCAUUGAAAUGCAAAGAGAGACUCCAGAGGGAACAGACGAAGCUGGAGAAGAGGUUGGAGGAGCUUGAAGACUUCAAAAACCAAUGGACAGGUCCAGACUAG